CGGAUAAGGGGAACAGACAGGAAGUGGGAGCAAACUGCAAAUUUGUUGACAGCAGUUUAUGGACCACCGGUGUGAUCUUGUGUAACGUUUCGCUGAAUUAAACUCAUCACACUAUAUGUUACACUAUCCAACAGCUUCAAAUUGAACGACCGGGCUGCCUGCAUUGACAUGGACAGUGGCAGAGGAGGAAGAGGAGGCAGAGGAAGGAGAAGAAAUCGUGGUGGAGAGGACAGAGAUGUCCGCCUGUCUAAAUCCAUGUCUUAUGCUCUUCGCCAUGGAGCCAGCCAGAUGGGUCUUCAAAUGGGUACAGCUCUCAUCCUCACAGAUGGCUUCUUGUUUGUGGAGGAACUCCUAGCUCACCCGCAGUUCCGCUUAUACUCAUCGGAAGACGUCGAGAGAGUCGUGGCCACAAAUGACAAGCAGCGUUUCAAGCUCCGUUCCCACCCAGAAGAUGGACGCCUGCAGAUUCGAGCUAAUCAGGGCCAUUCAGUGCAGGUAAGGGAUUUGGAGCUGAAACCGGUCCUGACUGGUUCGCCAGACUGCCCUGCUGAGGCCGUUCAUGGCUCCUACCUCUGCAAAUGGACCUCCAUCCAGCUGCAGGGCCUGAGCCGCAUGAAGAGGACACACAUCCACCUGGCAUCGGGGCUCCCAGGAGAGGAUGGCGUCAUCAGUGGCAUGAGGAAGGACUGUGAUCUUGCCGUGUUUAUUGAUGUGCCCAAAGCUCUCGCUGACGGUAUUGAGUUCUUCUGGUCAGAGAAUGGUGUGUUGCUGACCGCAGGCGACGCAGAGGGAAAACUUCUGCCGAAAUAUUUCAGCCGAGCCUUAAGACUGAGACCUACAAGGAGCAUACUGCCACUGCAGUAGCGGCAGAGGAUACCGAUUUGCCAUUGGUUGCAGGAAGGCUCAUCUGACUGGGCUAGCAUCCCAUGAUUGGUUGAUGCUUAUUCUAGUUCCCUUGGUAACACUUGUAGUUUGGCAAAAGCAUCCUAGUGAGAUGAUUUUGAUCAGGAAUAGGAGAGUCCAAUCAGAAUUCAUCCUAAAUUGGAAAACCUUUCAUUUUGGUGUAAUUUUCAAAAGUUACAGGAUGGCUGUGGGGAAGCAUCUCUUAUAUUUAUGUGACAAUGCAACCAGCUUAUGCUGGCAAAUGUCACUUUUUAUUUAAAAAUAGAGAGGCUUUGUUUUCUCUUUUGCAUUAUUAGUGCUAAAUAAACUAUGGCACACAUUGACUACCAAGACAAUUUCACCAGGCAGCUGUAAAAUAUAUAAUAAUGGUUACAAACAGACACACUGACUCCUGUCAACAACCAGCCAGGCCUUUAAAUAGAGAAACAUUUGAAGAGUAUUGCAUAUGUGGUCAUUCACGUGACUAAGUGUGGGAAAGCAGAGGAUACAGGCUGUGGUUUUAGUUAACGGACUGCCAUAACAGUUUCUUGAUAGGGAGACACACACACAGCAUGUGAAAGGAGAUAAUUGGUUAGAAGCUUCCUGUGUAAGAAACAGCAGAAGUUAACGCCAUAUGUCACAACCAUAAGGCGUGAAAUCAACAGAAAAUGAAAAGUGAAUUACUGUAGUUAUUUUAAUAAAUGUUUAUUUAUAAGUUUAUGUGGUA